AUGAUCUCCCUCCGUAACGCCGUCAGAUGCAAUAAUGCCGUAGUCUUUUUGAACUCGGCGAACGGAAUUCCAUAUCGUUCCGCUGAACUUUCAGCUAACGGUUCAACUUCCAUUCCGAGUUUUCUCGUGGCGCCUAACACUCGUAUCCAUGAUCUCGUUAACAUAAAUCGUCUUCGCAUAUUCUCCGGUACCGCCAAUCCCGCACUCGCUCAGGAAAUUGCAUGCUAUAUGGGCCUGGAUUUGGGAAAAAUUAAGAUAAAGCGUUUUGCUGAUGGUGAAAUAUAUGUCCAACUGCAAGAGAGUGUCAGAGGGUGUGAUGUGUUUCUUGUGCAGCCCACAUGUCCCCCUGCGAAUGAGAAUCUUAUGGAGCUUCUAGUAAUUAUAUAG